AUGGCACAUGCACCUAUGGGAAUGGCACAUGCACCUAUGGAAAUGGCACAUGCGCCUAUGGAAAUGGCACAUGCGCCUAUGGAAAUGGCACAUGCGCCUAUGGAAAUGGCACAUGGGCCUAUGGAAAUGGCACAUGCACCUAUGGAAAUGGCACAUGCGCCUAUGGAAAUGGCACAUGCACCUAUGGAAAUGGCACAUGCACCUAUGGAAAUGGCACAUGCACCUAUGGAAAUGGCACAUGCACCUAUGGAAAUGGCACAUGCACCUAUGGAAAUGGCACAUGCACCUAUGGAAAUGGCACAUGCACCUAUGGAAAUGGCAGGAUACAGAGGCGUGUCUCAAUGCAAGACUUAUUUUACUAACCUAGUAUAUAGUAUAUGUUGGUUUAUAAUUGAGCUUAUAUUUGAGAUGCUGUUUUAA